UCCACAAUCGAAUCUCCAAUAAACUCCGACAAAAGAUUGUUUUAAUAAAAUCCCGCUCAGCUGCUCCAACUGCUGCUCUGCAACGGGAAAACUGUUUUGCUAUUACCGAGGUUGGGGCCAUGGGAGUCUUCUAGCUUGUCUUAAAGUCGCUUAGCGUCAACAUCGUUUUCGACGACGUCGUGAUCACAGUUUUCGGUAUCUUUGGCACAGUACGAAUAGUGGUAGUGUGGGAUUUUGAAAAAAGAUUUUCAAUGAAGUGCUAAAAAAACUUGAGAGUCAUUAUUUGCAUAAUAGUUUCGAAAAGUUCAGUUUCAGUCUCGUUGAACUACCUGUCGCGUUAACACGUGAGUCUUGGUACGAGCUUCGCGCUUUUCGCUUGUCUACCUCGACCGCCUAUCGACCAGGUUUAGCGUUGUCGUUACCAUCAUUCAGUUGACGCGAGUAAAAUCGCGUAAGAUUUCUAGUUUAGUUUGUUUUUUUUUUUUUUUUGGUUUGUUCUCCUGCAAAAUAAGCAUCUCGUUUGAAAUCUUCUAAAUUCAAGAUUUUUUUCUACUUAGUCGUGGUCUUUUAUGGAAUUUGACAAGUUUUGCAUGAAUAUUUCUGCGAUGAUCGGCCGAGAAUUCGCAUAGAGUGUAUUAUCAAACGACAAGUUUAUAUAUAGUGUUUGCAUACUUAGCGAAUACAGAAAGAAUGUUGUAGAUGGUGAUAUGGCCACGGAAGUGUAGAAUUGAAAUACAUCAAAAUACCAAAAACGACGACAACGAGUUUCUAGUCGAUUGCCGGAUAGAAAGAAUAUAAAUUAAAAAAAAAAAAAUUACAUAAUUCCAUUGACGAUCGUUUUCGCGCUAAAAUCUAGUGUUCAGUGUGUCUGUGUGAUUUUUUCGUUGAAAUUGGCUUAAAUUUUGAGCAAACAACUUACCGGGAGAUUGUCAACAUCUUCUAUUUCUCUUUUAUGUUGGAAAUUGAGAACUCAAUGUCAUGUCGAUGCCGUAACAUCGAAAAUGUCAAUCACCUCAAUGUUUAUGUUGAAUAAACGAUUGGUGACGUUUGACGAGUUGUAUCGUUAAAUUGAUUUUAAUAUCUGAAUGGAUUAGAGAAGCGCAAUAAGCACUGUUUUCAUAAUAGAAAAUAAAUAGACAGACAAGCCAAGAGUCUCGACAAUCGAGCACCCAGUACUAAUCAAUUCAAAAACGAUAAUGGCCUUAACAAACUUCUCGUUGCCAUCGUUUGGUAGCUUGCCAACUCAGCCAUGGGCCGCAACAAUAAGUCCAAUACAGCCGCAUCAUGCAUCGGCCGUCAACAAUCUUUUAUAUGGCCCAGCUGGGCAUCAAGAAUCCGAUGAACCACCUGCCGGCAUAUCACACCAAGAGUAUUAUAAAAACAGUCCGUAUUCACCGCCCGCGAACUAUCAGUUCCGUAGUAAACCCAACAAUUAUCUACCACCGCAUCAGCAACAACCGUCACAGCAGCCACAACUUCGUCAGCAAACAAUCGAUCAACAGAGUGCAUCUGGAGGUUCAUAUAAUCAACCGCGUCCCAACUACUUGCCUCCCACACAGAGUACACGAACGUACGGCGAAGGUAACUAUGGUGGUCAUGUGUCUACACGUGGUCCCAAUCAAGGAAACCAGCAACAAUAUUUCAAUGGAUAUAACACACCAACUAGAGUAUAUAAUCAACAACCUGUGGGACCAACAGAUGCACCCCAACCGGGUCUUUCUGUAAAUAGUAACAAUAUUCCAAGAGAACAUGGCACAGCUCCUGCUGGUCAGGAUAAUAUUCAAGGGGACGACGGCUACCCGGAGAGACCGCCUGGGUUCACAAGGGUUCAAGCCGGCCGGGGAUCCAGGACACAGGUUCAUGCCGUUCUUGAUUACGAUGCCGAUGAAACCGAUGAGGCUGAUUACUACGACGAGCACAAUGGAAAUGGAAGCCGACAUGCUGGUGAUGAUCCAAAAUCAAAUCCAAAUGUAACACCUAUUCAAGGACCAAUAUUUUUAAAAAAUGGAACUGCUCCAGUUGUGCCAUUAUUUGCCUAUCCAACUAUGAAUAAUGGAACAUUCGUUCAAAUACCGAUAUGGUGGACAGCUUUAUCGGUAGCAUUAGGACUAGAUAUUCGAGGAGAUGUGAUCAAAGGUGUGCCAUGUGUUAAACGUUAUCAUCAAUUGUUUUGCCCCACAGCUGGCAAUAGCUACCCAAUUGAAAAAAUCGAAAAAUUCAUUGACGAUAACAAAGCGCUAAUGCGACGGAUGUAUGGGGACUUCGAGAUGAUCGACUCACCAGCAGAAAUGAAGCAAAAACGGAAGCGAAAUACGGACGAACCUAUCUUUGCCGACGGAAUGGAAUUCAUACCAGACGAUCUAGAGCCUGGUGAAUCGUAUUUUGCGAAAUUGCGUGAUCGUAAAAAACGACAAAGUAACAGUUUUCGUCCCAAUGCUAACGGCCCAAGACUUCCGAAACCUUUAAGUCGACCAGGAGUAGGCGGAACUAGUGGUCCAAAUGCAAAUGCUAAUGAAAGCAGCACAGGAAGAACGGAUGCAUGUGAAUCAAAAAUUGAAAUUGUAACCCCAUACUGGGCAUCCAAUUCUGCUGGUAAAAUUAGAGCUAUUGUCAACACGCAGCACUUUGAACAGGCUAUUCACCAGGAAAUAUGCACAAAGUCACAAACCUCACGUUGCGGAAACGAUUGUGGCUGUGAACAAAAAUAUAAAUGGCAUCGACUACUGGCCUACGACCCUGACAACGAUUGCAAAGGUAUCUUCAUGGACUGGUUUCUGUUUCCCUCAUGCUGUGUUUGCCGAUGUGCACCUUAAAUUUUGAAUUUUCCUAGAAUACAAAUUAAUAAGAUUAUAAAAGCAUAAACUGAUUUUUUUUCUCGCCCAUUCAAACAUAAAACCAACUUUUAAAAAAAAGUACGAAUAUCAUCAAAAAAAACUGAAAAUUUUGAAAGAGAAAAACGAAAUGUAAAUUCUCAUAUUGUAAUUUAAUGUAUUGAAUUUAUAUUUAGAUUUAUUUAGUUUUCAAACUAAAUUCGAGAAAAAAUCCUGCUAGGUAUUAUUUUUCUAAUUUUAAGUAGAAAUUAAUUUAGAAAAAAAUUAAAACAAUUUAUUGUAAAAAUGUCACAAAAAAAAAUAAAAUGAAAUCAAUCGAAGAAGAAACGUUUUGAUGAAAAUUUAAAUUAUUCUAAUCAAACGAAAAAUUUAACAAAAUCAAAGCAUUGGAUAAUAUUCCCUUUAAUAUUAAAAUCAUUAAAAAAAGAGACGAAAAUUAGUUGAGAUUCCAUAACCCAAAAAUUAAUCAAGGAAACGAAGCGUAAAAGUCUCUAACACUGAAAUGCUGCAUUGUAGAUAAUUGAAAUCCAAUGAAAGAUAUUUACAAAUUUUAGGUGUAAGUUCUUAGCACGUAAAGAUUUUUUUGUGUUUUUUUUUUUUUUUUGAAUGAUAAAAGGCUAUUUUGCGAUUUUUUAAUUUAUUAUUUGUUAAGUUCCCAUUCAUAUCAACCAUUGCACAAUUUCUUUCUUCCGCUUAUUGUCGAUUUUAUAUUAUUCUCUAGAAAAUUGCUUCCAUACUUUGCCGAAAACUAUUUUAAUUUCAAACUUUCGUAAAUUCAAUGAGAAAAGAUUAACUUUGAAAUAAAUUAACUUUGAAACUAAACAAAAUAUAGUUCUACGCUAGAAGUAUCUUUCAUUAUCUAACUCCUACUUGAUUACACUUUAAUUUCUAGGAAUUCUUCUAUUUGCAUUGCCUUUAGAGAAUACCAUCCAGCGAGGUAUAUAUUUUUGAAGAUUGUUUAUUGCCAUUUUUUGUAUAGUUUGUAUUAUUGUAUUUUAAAAUAAAUUUUUACUCGUAAAAAAAAAUGUAGAAAAAUAAAAUUUUUGUUUAUA